AUGUCUUACAGAACCAUUUCUUCCAAACUGGCAUCUCAACUCGAUAAAGACCUCAUGGGGCCUGAGAUAGGGUUCACUUUGGAGCAACUUAUGGAACUUGCCGGUUUUAGCGUUGCACAAGCCGUGCUGAAAGAAUAUCCGCUUUCAACCAACACGAAAUCCCAAGUUCUCGUUCUUGCUGGUCCAGGUAACAACGGUGGCGAUGGGCUGGUAUGUGCACGUCAUCUUAAACUGUUUGGGUUCGAACCAGUGGUGUACUAUCCAAAGCCCAAUACCAAGGCACCCUUUUUCUCAAAACUGGUGGACCAGCUUAAGUUCUUCAAAAUCCCGAUCUUGAGCGUUGACGAAAACUGGACAAGGUACCUGGAUCCAAACAGCACGUUGUGUGUUGUUGACGCCCUUUUCGGCUUCUCUUUCAAGCCUCCGGUGCGGAAACCAUUUGAUACGAUCUUGCAACAGCUUCAGAAGAUCCAGGAUCGGCUACCCAUAGUUUCAGUCGAUGUUCCAACGGGCUGGGACGUUGACGAAGGUCCUGUGGAGCCUAACUGUAUUGUUCCAAAAGUUUUGGUAUCACUCACGGUCCCUAAACCGUGCGCUUUGAAGAUCGACACUUUGGAAACACAGCACUACGUUGGAGGACGCUUUGUGCCAAUUGAUUUUGCUCAAAAGUACGGUUUCGCACCAUUUCCUUACGAAAACGCUGACCAAGUAGUGAAGUUGUCACCAAAAUAA